AUGCAAGGCAGUGGUAUGGGACGCAGUGGAAUGCAAGGUGGUAAUAUGGGAUACGGCGGUAUGCAAGGCGGUAAUAUGGGAUACGGUGGUAUGCAAGGUGGUAAUAUGGGAUACGGUGGUAUGCAAGGUGGUAAUAUGGGAUACGGUGGUAUGCAAGGCGGUAAUAUGGGGCGCGGCGGUAUGCCAGGUGGCAAUCCUGCUAUCAUUCGAGAAUUGGAAUCUGAUUUGUGGAUUGAACGAAAUAUUCCUGGUGGAUUAAACAGUAAGCAUUCAAGUGUUACGUUCACUUUUGCCGAUCGUACUAAUGUUAAAAAAGUUGUUGAUUUUUUACCUCACAUUGGUGUUGGUAGUCGUUAUAGAUUAUCACAACAACGACAAACAUCAUUGGCAUCACCAAAACAAUUAUUUCGUUCAGCAAAUAUGAUACAACAAUGUCACCGACGUCGAAGUUAUCACGAUUUAAAUCAAUAUUCAAUAUUUUCAUGGAUUAUAGCUGAUUAUGAAAGUAAAAAACUUGAUUUAAAUAAACAAGCAACUUAUCGAGAUUUAUCAAAACCUAUUGGAGCAUUAAAUCCUAUACAAAAAAAAUUUUUUGUUCAACGUUAUAAUAAUUAA